CUCUUUCAAUAUUUCCGGGCUAAAACGAGCCAAAAUAAGUGACCGGUUAACCCUUUAUCCACUAGCUCGACCGGUCCGAAUCAACCCGCAGUUGACAACCUUGCUGUGAACCUAUCUCCUCAUAGUCCUCCGUAAAUCCCUUUCACCUUUUUCCGAAUUCCGAACAACACACAAACCACAAACAGUUUACUCUCUUUUGGAAGACAAUUUAUUUUUGGCGAGAUAUUUUAUUCAAUUUUAUAGCCGAUUUAUUUCAUAUAUAUAUAUAUAUAUAUACGUGUCGCCUCACAGCUCAUGGAAUAAUAUUUCCUACCGACCAAAUCCUGUAGAAAAUAAUAAAAAAGGAAAUGUUUUUCUUCCUUAUAACAACGAUGAAAAUAGGCAAAACCGCAAAACUUUUAAGAUGAUGUUGUUGUCGACCCGGUUUAGCUCGUUGGCUCGCUCAAUCAAGUGGAUUGAGAGUCAAUAGUUCGAUUGGUUUAGCCUGAUUUAUUCUAAAUAUAUGAAAACAUUCAUUAUAUUGUUCAUACAUUUAUAAAUAAUAUCAAAUCUCAUCUAACAUAUAACAUUAUACCAAAAUAAUAUAUCAUACUUGGUUCCAACAUAUAGUAAAAAUUCACUCAUAUUUAAAUAACAUAAAAAUUCAAAUGUUCAACUUAGAAUUCCAAUGAUAGUGUUAGACGAAAAGAAUAACCAGAAAAGAGGCGCAUUUAGCAAAACAAAGGAAAAAAUGAUGCAAUGUGAUUUCCAAAUCAAUAAUCUUACAAUGGAUCAACGUCAGAAAAAUAUGUGACCCUUUUUUCUCACCUGGUUAGGAUCAACAGCUCAACCAACGAGUCGACCUACAAAUGACAACCUAUUGCUAAUAGGGUUGCAAAUGAGCCAAACUGCUCGCGAGUAACUCGGCGUUCGUAUCAGAAAAAACUCGUUCGACACUCGACUCGUUAUUUAACAAGCUGUCUCGCGAGCCAGCUUGUUAGUAAACGAGCCAAGCUUAAGCUAGACCAUGCUCAGCUUGAUAAGCUCGUGAGCUAGCUUGACUUGGUGGCUUGUUGAGCUAAGCUCGCGAGCUAGGCUGUUUAGAGCUUAUGGAAUGUUAAUUACUCUUCUGAACAUUAACAUUAUCUUGUUAAUACAUAUGUGUAUGGAAGUUAGUUGUUAUUUAUAGUUUCUAAUGUUCUUUUGUCAUUUAAAUUCAUAUGUAUACACAAUUUUCCGCAAGAAUGAUUUCAAAUCGAGCUUAUCUUGAGUCGAGCUUAUACUCAGCUUGACAAGCUGUGUUAAUGCUCAUUUAUCGAGCUCGAGCUGGAUUAUUUUUAAUCGAGCCAAACUCGAGCUCGAGCUGGAUUAUUAAAAUUCGUAUUCGAGCUGAGCUCGAGCUGAAAAAUGUAUAAACGAGCCGAGCUUAAGUUAAGCAAAAAUUCAACUCAACUCGGCUCAUUUGCCGCCCUAAUUGCUAAAAAUGAAAGGGCCUUCACCACUUCGGAGUUAUUGAGCUGGCCCUACUGAGGCCCAUCUUUGAUUUGCAGAAAAAACAUCUAGUCAGUUCAGCCCAGCCCAAUGAUAUUCCCCUCUUCUUCCAAAACCCUAAUCUCGGCCGCUAUAAAGACUUCCGCUUCCAGAAAAUUUGCCUUUUGUUCAUCUCUCAUAUUCGCAGUACCAGCUCCAGAACCCUAGCCGCCGUCGGCAAACUACAGACCACACCCAGGCACGAUGAAGUACAAUCCAAGAGUUUCGUCUUCCCGGCGCAAGAACCGGAAGGCUCACUUCACGGCGCCCUCGUCGGUCCGCCGUAUCCUGAUGAGCGCCCCGCUCUCCACCGACCUCCGCCAGAAGUAUAACGUGAGGUCCAUGCCGGUGCGCAAGGACGACGAGGUUCAGGUGGUCCGCGGCACAUACAAGGGCCGCGAGGGCAAGGUAGUCCAGGUUUACCGCCGCAAGUGGGUGAUCCACAUCGAGCGCAUCACCAGGGAGAAGGUGAACGGAUCCACCGUCAACGUCGGAGUCCACCCUUCCAAGGUCGUCGUCACCAAGCUGAAGUUAGACAAGGACCGCAAGUCGCUGCUCGACCGCAAGGCUAAGGGGCGCGCCGCCGCUGACAAGGACAAGGGCACCAAGUUCACUGCUGAGGAUAUUAUGCAGAGCGUCGAUUAGUUGUGGUUUUCCCCGGUGAAAAUUUUGUUGUGUUUCUGCUGGCUCUGAUUUCUUACUUAUGGAAGUUGGUCUUAUUCGAAUGGUAGGAUGGUUACGGAGGCGCAGGAGGACAAUUGUCGGAUUAUUGAAGUUUUGGCUGGUAUUACUUUCUGUUACGACUAGUAAUAUGCGUUUUAUGUUAUCUUAUUAUGGCCUCUGUCAACUGGAUAUUCCUCUUGUCAAGCUUAUACAUUUUCGAGUAUCUGAAUUUGUGUGUUUGAUGUUGUGUUUAAUUCGCCUUGUUUCCGUGGCCAUGCUUAUCGAAUUGCGAUUUUAGCAUCAUCACUCUGGGUGAUUUUAAUGUAGGUGAACGGAUUCCCAUAUGGUCGUUGGGCAUUGUUUUGUUUGUUUGAAUGAUAGGGCAAUUGCAGUGCUUGUUUCAGAUGUUAUAUGGUUCUUAAUGUCGCUAGUUGUUGCUUACAGAGUCCUGCGUGUCUCAAUGUAGGCAUUCUGUUCAUCUAAAUGCCCACAAAGUCCUACAAGCUUAUUAGAUAUGUUUUCUCUUGUCAAAACAGUUUUUGAACUGCUGGUGAGAAGAUUUGGAACAUGGUAUGGUUGGCAUUGGCAUUCUAGCAUAAUGCUGGAUUUGUUAGAGUUGCACAAUUUGCUGAUCUGGGUCCUUUGACUAAAUAACAAUACCUUGAUCAGGAAUGUUCUGUUUAUGCAGAGAAACAUAUACUGUUAGAUGUAAUGCUAGAAGGUGGUUUUACAGCUGUUGUUCCCUACUAGUUUUAGGAGCCGUGUGGUCUUGUAAUAGGGAAACUUAUGCCUCGAUAGAUACUAUGGUCUGGUCAGUGCCUGGUAGUGACUGACUGCUUUGAACAGUUUCUGCAUGCAGUUUCUUUCCUUGCCCAAGGUUGGAUGUUCUCUCUUUCAGAGUCUUCAAUUUCCAUAUAUCUUGAACAAUUUCGAAUACACCCUACGUUGUAUGUUAAUGUCUGAAUGAUGCAUAGGCUUCCUAUUCAAUAUUUCUUUCUGUUUUCUUUCGUUAUUGCGCCCCUAUCUAUACUUGUCAGUAUCUUUGUGAUGUUGGGCAAGCAAAUGGACGUGUUUUGGUGCUUGUUGGGAAAAUCAUUAUGUAUUGAUGUUGGGUUUCAUAUUUGUAAAUGGAAGAUCUUUGAUGCCAAUCCUAACAAAAUCAAGUAUAACUAAGGUAGGGAUGUAGUAAAGUGGGUUGUUUGCAUUUCAGGCGAACUUUAGGCUUAUUAUUACUAUGCUCUGAACUACUAUUUAAUCAACUAGGGUUGACUCCCUCUAACUUUAGGUUGUUAUGGGCGAUAAUUUAAUGGCGUCUCGAGGUGUGGAGGCCACGAAGGUAGGGAUCUACGCAAUGGUCAUGUAAUCGACUCCUCUCCUAGUUAGGAUAGUGGGUCUAAUGUCACCUCAACCGGGUUACCUAAAUAGGUAUAGGUUCUACCUCCAAAUGGACACGAUUGGUUUACACACAAGUAGGGCAAGUUGAUGGUCACCUAACCUACUAGCAUCGACUAGGUGAGACCUAGCUAGAAGGGGAUGGUCACCUUGACUUCUAGUUAGUCCUCUAGGUCGACUAAUUAGGUGGGAGGCAUUCACAGACAUCUUACCCUAAGUAGAAGUUUUAAGCACCCUAGUCAAACUCAAAUACACCAUAAACCCAUGUGUAAAGUAAUGAUAAUUUCCUUAUUAUCUGGGUUGGAACUAAAGCAAAUUGGAUACAGAGAAUCCCACACUAAUUGAUGUAUAGAGCACUCUUGACCUAAGGAUAUUGAAUUAUCACUUAGGUGAAGAACAAAUCAAUCUUAAUCAAGCAAGAGAUUUAUGCACAAACAUCAAAUAGACAUAGAUCAGGCUUAAAAUCAUUCAUACAUAAACAUCAAAUAGACAC